AUGGUGCAUGUGUCAAAGGCGCUCAUCGGUACUGCCGCAGCCCCGUCACCACAUGCAUUGGCAAAAUUGCGGGCACAAUUAAAGGCCAUGUUGCACUGUUUGAAUUGCCCCGGAGGUCUCUGGGAUGUCGGCGUGAUGCUGACAACAGAGGAUCACGUACGCAAGCUGAAUCGUAGGUUUUGUAAAAUGGAUAAAUCCACUGACAUCUUGUCCUUCCCAUUUCAUCAAGUUCGCAAGCCUGGACGGUUCCCACGCGUCAAUCUUAAGGAGGAGCGAUACUUAGGGGAUAUCUAUAUCAGUCCAACGUACGUGCAACGUCAGUGUGAAGAUCCGCUGCUUGACGAGAUCGUGACUCUAGAAGAGCGGCUGCCAGUGCUGAUGGCACACGGACUCUGCCACUUGCUAGGUUACGACCACGAGCGGGACGACGAUUACGAGCUAAUGAAGAAGGCCGAGAACUAUAUCCUUCAUCGUUAUCUGGCAUUUCUUCCGCCUACGUUUACCUCAGCUUCUGAUAUGGGCCCGAGUCAAACAUGA